AUGCACAGAAAAAAUGUCUUCAUUAAUACAUUUAACACGGUCAUGAAUGUUAAAGACAAAACAAAGGAUAACAAAAAGGCAAGAGAAGACUUGGCUAAAUUAUGCUUUCUACGGGACUUGGAACUUCAACCCUUAGAAAACGGAAAGAAUGUAGGUGUGCCAAUGUCGAAAAAGAAGGAUUUUAAAGAGAAACUUGAUGCAGAACUUCAGCUAACUACAGAAGGGAAUGUAGAUGAUGUUCAAGUGUUUGGAUCAAAAAGUUUUACCCAACAAGCUGAAAGAGCAGUUAGAAUUAGUGUUGAACAAAUUGAGGCUACAACUAGGGGAUCACAUUCUCAUCAUUAUGAUGAUGAUUUGGACAAUCUGUCAUUAGAUGAAGAAUGA